CGAGGAUAAUAAUAGGAGAUGAGGCACGCAAGUUGAGUAGACUAGCGACCUGUCCUGUCUAUGAGGCCUGCCGGCACCAGUAUUGAAUCGAUUCAAGUUGUCUUAGAUUUUGCAUGUGGAGCGUCGCAGUUACUCUUUCAGCGCACUAGUAUAAUAUCUAAGUACGGAUCGCUUAGUAAGCGAUCCAACUCAUCUUUCACCCUUUGCGAUGGCUUCAGACACGUCGCCCAUAUCAGUCUUAUUCGCGCGUGGCAUACUAGCCCGCCUCGCGCUAUGGCCAGCUCUUCGCAUUGCUGUGCACCAAAAUUGGGGAGGUCCGCAAAGCGCACAAAAACAGCGCUGGUUAGCGGGUAUCAUCAUAGAUGAAUUUGAAGCAUGCCUUCCAUCGGCAUCCGCUUCAUUGACGGCUUUCGAUUUGCAUCAGUCAACCCCCAUGCAUCCAUCACACACGCUCCCUGAACCAGACACCGAAUACAUAGAAACGAUGCUGCUCCAGAUCAUGGAUGACGAGUUUGAAGUUGCGCUCGAGGAUGGAAGCGCGUUCGACGUUGCUAGAGAUGUUGUGCGUUUGUGGAACGAUGCGAAAGAGGGAAAGGAUGGAUAUGUCAAGGAUCUGGAGAUGCAAGCGGAUCGGACGAAAGGAAAAAUGCCACAAUAUGAAGUGGAUGCAGGGAGUGCAAGUGAUUGGGAAGAUAGCGAUGGUGAUAACGAGGAUGAAAGUGGAAGCGACAGCGAAGAUUUCGGGAAGGAGGUUGUCCCACAGCUGCUUGACCAUGCAAAGGAAGUACCAGACAUCGACGAGGAUGGCUUUACUACUGUAAAGAGGAGAGGAGGCAGAUAAAAUACCAAAACGUGUAAUCUAAUCAGACAAGAUAUGCAACAUCUAGUCGCUAUCUGAACUAUCAUCACCAUGCUGCUCCUCAUCGGUCGAACUCUCGUCCUCGCUGUCCUCAGGCGCAGCUGUGCGCUUUACAGUUCCUCCGCGCAUUGCAGCCAUCUGACCGGCCAACGUAUCCUCCUCAGGAUCAGAAAUCUCAUCCUCCGCGGUUUGCUCCUCCGCAU